GGGAGGGUGUUGGAUAUGAGGUUUUGUGGCCUAUUGCAUUUGUGAUAAAUGAUGAUGAUGAGGUGAAUAACGUUAUACCCAAACUUUCAAAGUUGAGUUAUAUUUUCCUACACUCUUGGUUUCUUUAUUUUUCAUUUUAAUGUCAUGCAUCUAUUUAUGUGUUUAGGAUGUUGGCAAGAGGAAGAAUAAAAUGAAGAAGAUACAAGCAUUCCCAAAGAAAAUCAAAUAUGAGAAUCCUAGAGAUGUACAACUGUUUUCUAAAACAGUUUCAACAAUGUUGGAGGGUAAACCGGCACCCAAAGUUGACUUUCCAAUCAAUGUUUUUGGGAUGAAAUUUCAAACUUUCCUCUUGACAAGUGAAAUGAAUGAUGUAAUUUCUGCAAAAGAGUUGACUAUGAAUUGCAUAUGUUUCUAUAUUUGGCGGUUGCAUGAACAUCUGGAUGAGACACUACAGGAGAAAAUUAUAUUUAUUCAUCUAGGAAUGGUGUCCAAGGUUGGAACAAUAGCCCCACAAAUUGAAAAAAGAGCAAGGUUCAUUGCUGAUCGCCUAAUUGACUCUAAAUUGGCAGACUUGGUUUUUCUUCCAUAUAACCCAAGGUUUCAUUGGGUUUUGGCUGUAAUUGACCUCAAAUCACAAAUAGUCUACUAUUUAGACUCGCAAUUGCAACAGCCAUACCAAGAUAUAAAAGAUAUUGUGAACAUGGGGUUUCGAAUUUUUGUAUCUCAAAAGAAGAAAGGAUCUAAAAAAGAGCUCAAGUGGAUGGUUGUUGAGGGGCCCAAACAGUUGGAUGGUGUCAUGUGCGGAUAUUUUGUCAUGCGAUACAUGCGAGACAUAAUUGCAAAUAGAAGUCUCUUAACAUCUCAGUUUGAAGGAAAAAAAACCUAUUCACGAGCUGAGUUAGAUGAAGUGAGAUCUGAAUGGGUCUCAUUUUUGAGCACUCUUAUCUUAGACCAAGUAUAG